GAGAGCUACAAUGCAGCAUGGCUUCGGAAAUCCCACGGGUGAGCAAAAUUAUGAGCCUUUAAAGAGCGUAUUUGAAGACUUUCUCGUGUUGCUAUUCCGUUUACUGUAAAAUCACUUCCGUAAACUGUUCUCGAUCGGACGUCGCCAUCCGGUACGUUUUAAAUCGCAAUGUCCAAGGCGAAGGAGAAGAAAGCGCAUUCUGACGCUAAGAUCCAUAAACAUACAGCUAAAGAUAAGAGGAAGACGUUUUGGAUCAAACAGAACCUGAAGAAGAAGAAGAAGAAGCUUGAGAAGCAAGCAGCGCCGCAGAAGCAGCAGGAGAAACCUGGACCUCCACAGGAAGCCCAGCAGAUCUCUGCCAACUGGAAAUCAUUACAGCAGAUCCUGAAGAGCAGUCAGUCGGAGAAAAGGCCUCAGAAUGGCUUCACCACAAAGAAACACCAAGAAAAUGCUUUUCAGAGGAGCUCUGUGAACACUGCCGCUCCAAGAGAAAGGGACUCUGGGGAAAAAGAAAAGCAGAAAACGGUUCCUGUUGUCCCCAAAGAGGCUGGAGAGAAGCUGAAGCUCCCUGCAGCUUCAGACUCUCAGCAAUCUGCUGCUCCAAAAAGGAAAAAAGACAAAGAAAUACCAACUAGUGAGGAAGAGGGACCAAAGAAGAAGAAGAAGAAGAUCUCAUUGGUUGAGGAGAGGAAACCUACAGAGGACGACCUUUGGUUCGACGACGUCGACCCCGAUGUUAUCGAGGAAACGAUGGGAGCGGAGGCAGCAGAGAUCAUGAGGAGGAAGCAAGGCGUCCGCAGCAAGAGCAGAGAGCCAGAGACUUCCCUGGUGAAGGAGUCGGCCUUCAGCGGAAUAACCCAAACUGUUGCCAUCGACUGUGAGAUGGUGGGAGUCGGUCCUGAUGGCGAAGAGAGCAUCCUGGCCCGAGUGUCCCUCGUGAACAAGUUUGGGAAAUGCAUCUAUGACAAGUAUGUGAAACCCACAGAGAAGGUGACGGACUACAGGACAGCCGUCAGCGGCAUCCGACCGGAGGACAUCAAGGACGGAGAGGACGUUCAGACGGUGCAGAGGGAGGUCGCCGACAUCUUGAAGGGGAGAAUAGUGGUUGGACAUGCCAUCCACAACGACUUAAAGAUUUUGCUUCUGGAUCAUCCAAAGAAGUUCAUCAGAGACACACAGAAGUAUAAACCCUUCAGGCGGAUCGCCAAGCCGGCCGUCGCUCAAAGUCCUCUGCAGAGAAGUCCUGAACGUAAAAGUCCAGCAGGGCGAACACUCGUCUGUGCAGGACGCUCAGGCCACCAUGAGGCUUUACACACUGGUGAAGAAACAGUGGGAAGCCGAGAUCAGCAGCAGGAAGAGAAACAAAGAGUCCGAGGAGAAAAAGAAGAGGAAGCCGAGGUAGAGAGGAGGAUGGAGGAGGACGGAGGAGAGAGGAGGAGGACGGAGGAGAGAAGAGGACGGAGGAGGACGGAGGAGAGAGGAGGACGGAGGGGGACGGAGGAGAGAGGAGGAGGACGGAGGAGGAGAGAGGAGGACGGAGCGUCUCCGGAUCGGAGAGGACAGGACUCGGUCUGGACUCGUUUUCAGCUGCGGCCUUUGUAACAGAACCACUCUGUGCCUCGCAGGCAGAAACAAACAUUAUGGAUGGAAUAUGUUUAUUAAAAUGUGUUUAUAUGCAGGUGCAGCUUUUAUGUUCCACAGCAACAUCUGUACGUUGUCUCAUAUGACCUUUGACCUUGUCAGAUCAUUGCAGAUUAAAUCUGUUCUGCAGGUUUUGUUUAAUAAAAUGUCUCAGAUGUUUUUAAUCGUAUAAAAGCUUCCAGUUAUUCCACAGGAGUAAGAGAAGCGCUUUUCAGCAAGAUAUACAGUAGCUGCUUAUUUUAAGUAAAUGAUUUCUUUAAUAUUGAUGGAAAAGUUGCUGGUUCCAUUGGCAGAUAAAUUCACUAAUAAUAAGAUGUUUCCCAUGUAAAAGUGAAUUUAUCUGAAUUUAUCUGCCCGUGGAACUAGAACUAGAACAUUUUUGCAAAAAAAGUAAAUGUAGUUGAAUAAAUGUAAGUAGUUACUUCCCAACUCUGGUCUUAUUGCAGCUUUAAUCUGAAGACGUUUGAGCUGUAAGUUUAGGUUUUUAUGAUUUAAAUCAUAGAAAUGUAUUUGAUUAAACUGAAACA